AUGACGAACGUGCCACGAGCAAACUUGCAGUGCGGCCUAACACUCGACCAAAUGUCUUUUCGCUUCUUCCGUGAUCACCGCCCGGUCUCGACACGCAGACAGGCAGAUGGAUAUGACGCUGAGCAGGUUGUAGGCUGGAAUGUGAUGACUGCCUUCCUGGAUCUUCGGCGCGUUCCGCUCAAGCACACUACUUCACGGCUGAUACGAUCCGCGAACGGCUCGACUGGCGUUGCGCGUCCAUCAACGGUGCCAUCGUCGGAUCUCACCGACCGCGUCUACUCGUCUCAUUGCCGCAAGGGACUGUCAGACUAA